AUGGAUGGUAGUAUUGUUGAUAACAAACUUAAUAUGUCGUUAGACGAUAUAAUCAAAAAAGAACGUAAAGCGAAGCAGCGACAGCAGGAUAGUGGUAUGCAAGGGGCAGCAAGAAAACGUGUGAUUUCAAAGCGCAUUAACAGAGGCAGGCAACCAAUUGUCGUGCGUUCAUUAACACGUCGAAACCGCCAGCAAACUGCUGUAAGUGGUGGUCUCUCCACAGUAGCUGCGAUGAAAGUUGUUAAUCAACUCGUUAAGAAAGCGAUUCGACGACGAGUCAACCAGUCACUUAUAAAUCGUGCGGUGACAUUGCGUCGUCGCGCCGUUCGACGGAAUUCUGCUGUUAGACCAGCCAUGGCAUCGAGGACUGUUGUUGAAGAACUAGAAACAGGAAUUGUUAUGCCAUGGUGUUACAUCAGAUUCAUACGGCACAUUGUGAUGGAGUUUUGUUGGCGAUUGCUUAGCAUCUUACAUCACAUAGCUUUAACCGGAGGAGUAGAGGGCGACUUUUAUUUUCAGGUGAGAGGAUUACGUGCACGCAGGCAAGCAGCAGUUGUCGGAUCACGUCUCGUGGGUCGCUUAUCAGGUGUUAGUCAGCAGUCGCGAGUAAUUCGCAGAAAUACAGGAAGGAGUGUGCGCAGACAAUCAGUGAUCUUCGCUCCACCCCAGAUGGCACGUGGUCGACGAGUAUCAAAUGUGGGACAACUUGCUAGUGGAAGUGAGACAUUCGUAGUUGCGCAGCGUGAAAUCGCUCGUCCAGUGCUUCAACAGAAGGUAUUACGCCGCGAAGUAGUAGCUGCACAACCACGUCGUGAGGUUAUAAUGCAGCGUCGUGCACGUCCAGUGAUAGUUGAACAGCAGCCCAUAAUUAUUCGUCGUGGAGGGAUACGUAAACGCGCUAUUUUGAACGAACCAAGUGUCGCUGUUAGAAAUGCGCCGCGACAAAUUCGAUUUCGCGCACAGCCUGAAUUUGGACGUGUUCAGCAUUUUGUCGACACACGACCACAUAAUCGUAUGAUUCGCAGGGCGCAAUAUAUCGUCAAUCCAAAUGCGGCACAAAUGCGUAAAGCACUGGGAAUUGGUUUGCGAAGAUCGGAGCCACAACGUUUCGAAUCAAGCAGCACGUUUCUUCAGCGUGUACCAACUGUGCAUCGUCGGGGACGUGGUUUCCAGGAUGUGCUUUAUAAUUAA